CCACUCGAUGAUAAUUAAGAGACCAUGUUCGCCUCUGCGACUAGCUUUAGGGCCUUCACCAUGAUCAAAUGCUCAAAAGACCCCUUUCUACGCACGACCACUUACAUGGCUGCGCCACCCACAACCACCGUCUGCUCCCGUGCCCUCUCUGCUGAUUCUUCCGUCGACGCCACUCCAUCAACACAAGAUCGUGGAAGCUACAUCAAUGAAGCAAGACCAGCCAUUGUUAGCCUACAAGAAUGGCAGGCGUGGGGUACCGAUUCCCCAUUACCCACACAAGUGGCGGAAAUUGUCGACGAAAUGAUGGUUUCAGAGCGAGAAAGCGAUGCGCAGAUGAAAUUUGGAGGACUUGGUGGAAAACUCAAGGGGCACUUCAAGAUGCAAGAAGAUAAAAAGCACAGGGCAAAAUAUAGGGCGUUGGAUGAUUCCGAACAAAAGCUCCACUUCUUUUCAGCUAGACAAAUAGCAUGCCGCAUACUUGGAAGCAGAGGUUACCUUUGCCAAAAGUGUUGGCUUCCUCUUGAAGAUUGCAUGUGUUUGAGGGUUGUACCUUGUUCUCUUUGGCAUCGGAUACGGUUUUGGUUAUAUAUGCAUCCAAAGGAUUUCUUGAGGCAAAACAACACGGGGAAGUUAUUAUGGCAAGUAUUUGGCAUUGAUGCAGCCACAUUGUGCAUAUUUGGCAUAGCUGAACAUGAAGAAAUUAUGUGGAAGUCGUUCAUGCAUUCAGGGAGAAACAAUGUUUGGUGCCUUUAUCCAAAUAAGAAUGCGCCAACGAAGUCUGUAGAGGAGAGUUUUGUUGGAUAUAAAUCAUCAUCUGAAUCAUGCCGGACAGAUUCCGCUGAAACAAUGAACUUUAUCUUGAUUGAUGGUACGUGGAGCAAUUCGGCUGCUAUGUUUAGGCGUUUGAAGGAACGAGCGGAAUUAGUAUGGGGAGACGAUCUUCCAUGCAUAUCGCUCACCACAGGUGCAUCUCCGAUGCAUAGACUUCGGCCGCAACCAUCAUGGGACCGAACCUGUACAGCGGCAGCAGCCAUUGGGCUACUAGAUGAGCUACAUCUUGUUUCACAGUUCAGCUCAUUGGGGUUGGAUAAACAAGCUGAAGCAGUUGAGGAUAGUGUAGAUGUGUUGUUGGCAUCACUUACGGCCCGUAGGCUUCGUAUGGGUCGCUCCAUCUCCCGUGCAGAAAAACACCACGACGACAUCUGUUAACAUCAAUACCCGUAGGAAAAUCGUUUCGUUAUGGCAUGAAUACUCCAUGAUAACUGAAAAAGAAAUUGCAUAUGCAAAUCUUCCAAAGAGUUGGGAUCCGUCUAGUUUUUAAAGAUUUUGAACCGUGGUUGUCUGGGCCAGUUUAUGUGCACCUCAUUAAUCCAGGGAUCCCUUGAAGUUGAGUUAAACCCUUUUUGAGGA